AUGUUUACGAAGACCGCCCUUUGGGCCCUCCUCGCAGGAGUGAGCUCUGCAAAGCUCUGCCAGAACUUCACUGUGCCGGUGUCCAUCGCCACAAUUAACGCAGACUUUGGUGGUGUGCAAACACCGCAGACCAACUUGGAUGCCACAGCCUUCGUUCUCGCUGCAACUCGUCAAGGUGGCAGUGGCACAGCAGGGGCUGUGACCGGGACCAAGGCAGUCUCCGGCACCUACAACAUUUCUGCCCAGUACUGUACGCCAAACAAGACAGCAGACAACUCUUAUAUCUUGCAGAUCCUGACUCAUGGAAUUGGAGCGGACAAGACCUACUGGGAUGUAUCGUACAAUAACUACAAUUACUCCUAUGUUGACUAUGCCCUCUCCCACGGCUACCACACCCUUUCCUACGACCGCGUCGGCAUUGGAGCCUCAUCGCACGGUGACCCUAAGAACGAAAUCCAGGCAAACCUAGAAAUUGAGUCUCUCGCAGCGCUCACCAAGAAAGCCCGCAAUGGCGAGCUUCCCGGCAUUCACGACAAACCUCACAAGGUCAUCCAUGUCGGCCACUCUUUCGGCUCCGUACAGACUUACGCCGUGACUGCCAAAUACCCCGGUCUCUCCGAUGGCAUCGUCCUGACUGGGUUCUCGAUGAACUCCACCUUCCUACCUUGGUUCUUGAUCGGCUCAGGCUUUCAGCAGGCCAGGUCGGGCAAGAACCCCCAGAACUACACCGCUGGGUAUCUUUCUCCAGCAACGCCGUCGAAUGUCGAAUACAACUUCUUCUACCCAGGCUCAUUCGAUCCGAAGCUGCUUGCGCUUACGUUCCAGACUAGCCAGCCUGUCACUAUUGGCGAGCUUUUGACUAUUGGCAGCGCUGCGCCACUGCAGAGCAACUUUACCGGUCCCGUUCUGGUUAUCACGGGUGAGAAUGAUAUCCCGUUCUGCGGAGGUGAUUGUUUUGCUACCGGUGGUGCAGCGACGUCGAUCCCUGCUGCCUCGAAGAUUGCUUUCUCCGCGGCUAAGGCUUUUUCUGCUAUUGUGCCCCCGAAGACUGGGCAUGGCUUGAACUGGCAUUACACUGCUGCUUCUACCUAUAAGCAGAUUACAAACUUCUUGGGCCAGCAUGGUCUCUGA